AUCGUCUGACGAAAACAUCAGCAAGGAGUACAUGUGUUUCGUGCAGCUAUUUGUUACCAUGUGAAAUCCACGGACGUUUGUUACAGGACACAUUUAAAAAUGAGAAUAGAUAAUAUCCCCUCAGAAACGUCAAUAACUGCAUCAGUUUAGUAAAAUGGCAUCAAAGAAACAGCCAGAUCUGCCUAGAGGCCUAAUAGGACGCACAGGUGCCCCCACUGGGAGAGGGGCAAGAUUGCCGUCCAUCAGAGGACCAAGAGACUUGACCCUAGGAGGAAUUCCUAAGAAAGUGUUCACACCUACAAUUCCUGCAGCUAGACGAGACAAAACCAAAGACAGUCAAGCACAAGAUGAAGGUCCAAAAAAGGAAAGCAAAAGAGCUCACAGUGCUGAUAGGAAAGGACCAGGAUCAGAAAGGGGCAGAGGACGUGGAAGGGGUCGAGGAAGGGGCAAACCACAAGAUGUCAUCCAGUCACAUUCCAUAUUUGAGCAAGGGCCUACUGAGAAACUGGUCAAAGGUCCUGGGUUCUCUGGUGACUACUUAGGCAGUGGAGGAGGGGGAGGAGGAGGUGGUGGUGGCGGUGGUGGUGGUGGUGGUGGUGGUGGUGGAGGUGGAAGCUCAAUGUCAGCCUCGGGGGCGGGGGGUAUCAGAACAGGUUUUAAGAAGGACAGAGGCGAGGAUGAAUCAAAGCAGGUUCUGGACUACCUACUGAGGGAUGAUUUUAUAGACACUUCCAUCCAGAAUGAGGACCCCACCACUCAGCCUGUAGUUUUACCUCUGUGUGCCAUGGUAGACAGCCACACCCGACCUGACCUUUGUAAAACCAGCAACAUAAAAGUAAAGAAGGAACCUGGGUUUGCUGAGGAUCAGAUGGACGGUUUGGACACCAAAUCGCCCAAAGUGACAGGACUGAGACAGUCUCCGGUUGUUGACGAUGAGAGUUGUGAUCAGCUAUUCACAAACCUUGGAAAAACUGAAAACAGUGACUUACUGUUUUUCCAGUUCCCUGAUGCCAUGCCUGGUGUUCCAGCCAGCAAUAGAGAUGGUGAUGGUGACAAUGGGCACAAAUCUGGGAAUAAGAAUGAUGACGACUUGGCCAAGAAGAUGAGCUCCUGUUCCCUCUCCGAUUUCUCCGAAGGAUAUAUGGGAAAACUGGUUGUGCGGAAAUCUGGACGUACACAACUUGUGCUCGGCAACAUCACACUCGAUGUUUCCAUGGGAACCAAGUGUGGAUUCUUGCAGGAUUUAGUUUCUGUAGAAACCAAGAAUGGUGGAGGAGAUCUCGGUCACAUGGCUGUCCUUGGGCAUGUCGACAAGAGGCUUGUAUGCACACCUGACUUUGACAGCCUGCUACUUACCUUAUGACAACGGAUAUAAGGGUAAAAGAUGGAGAGGGAAAAUCAUGCAUGAAUAUCACCAAGAUGUCCCUCAAGGAUUACAACUGUGUGCUGGCACAUCCUGAAUAUUUUAUGAAGUUGUUUACGGAUGUGGGCCAAAUCCUACAUCACUGCUCUUCAUGAAGUAAUUUCCCCUAAGUUUACAGUGCUCUAAUGGAACAUCUCCCGAUGUAUAAUAGAGUCAUGUACCGGAAUUUCUCACGAAGUCGACGCUACAGUGCCCCAAAAUGCAGUAAAGUGUACACCUCUCUUAUAGAGAAUCUGCAAUAAAACAUCGACUUAAGCGCUUUUAAAAUUGUAUAUAUCACAGAAAGAAAGUACUGAAUGUUGUUGUAUGGUAGAUUGCAAAAGAAGUUACCAGGUAUUUAUACAAAGAAGUUAGUGAAAUUUGAAAAUGUUAUGAUGUAUGCAAGUUAUGAAGACGGCACAUGGAAGAACCUAUGUAUUAUUGUAUGUAUAAUUGAUAAUAAAUUAUGAAUAAACUUUAUUUUCUUGUCA